AUGGAGACUUAUACAGCCAGAUUGGACCCACUCUGCUUGUGCUUUGCCGGUCUUAUAAAACAUCCUUCUAUAUUCCUUACAUCACAAUUAUCAGCUAUCGCCGGGCAUGGGUUCGCUUCAAUCACCCUAACCUACUUUGUGCUAGAUGGUUGGCUCUGCGACUGGUUCUGGCCAAUCUUCUUUUUCUGUUCUGUUAUUCCCUCUUGUAUUGAUCUCGGUACAGCAGUGGUAACCAAUGAGCACCAGCACUUGACACAAACGCACGAUUACAAAGCAGGAUGGUCGUUCUACUUGGUGUUAGCUGGAGUGGUUACAACCCUUGGCUCUUCGCUGCCGGUUGGGUUCAAUAUCGGUGUAGUUAAUACGCCGGCUGAGUUAAUACAACAGUUCUGUUAUGAAAGUCUACGCGAGAGGUUUAACAUCGAUUUAGAUGCGACAUGGAUGAACAUACUCUGGUCUUCGAUUGUCUCCAUAUUUAUAGUGGGAGGAUGUACGGGUUCCAUUCUUGGUUCAGUGCUGGCUGAUAAACUUGGAAGGAAGAAUGCAACAAUCGUGACCAGUAUAUUGUCAUUGGCAGGUGCUCUAAUGUUUGUGUUAUGUCGGACUGCGAAUUCCGUCGAAAUGCUUAUAUUAGGUAGACUGCUCGUCGGUUUAUCUGGUGGCCUUACAACUAGUAUAGUACCAAUGUACCUCACAGAGCUAGCCCCGCCCAGUCUUACAGGGGCCAUGGGUGUUGCCUGUCCUAUGGGGGUCAAUGUUGGCGUUUUAGUGGGUCAGGUUAUGGGACUAAAAUAUUUAUUAGGCAAACCCAACGACUGGCCCUACCUGUUGUCUGUGUACGCUUUACUAGUCAUAAUAUGUUUACCAGUGUUAUUUAUAUUACCAGAGAGUCCAAAAUACCUUUAUGUAGUUAGGAAAAAUGAGGCGGAGUCUUUAAGAGAACUAAGCCGCGUCCGUGGUGUAUCACCGAGUUUAUUAACAGAGGAAUUAGAUGAAUUACGGGAAGAAGUACGUAGCAACAAUGAUACUGAUCGUUACACAAUGUGGGCGGCGCUUAAGGAUCGCAGAUUGUUACUGCCAUUGUUGUUAGUGUGUACCUCACAGGCUGGACAGCAGACUAGCGGGAUUAAUGCGGUGUUCUACUACUCACAAACGAUAUUCAGACAAGCGGGUCUGUCACGGGAGAACGCGCAGUUCGCGACAAUCGGUUGCGGGGCUAUAAAUGUAUGCACGGCUGUGAUAAUGGUCUACCUACUACCGCGGACGGGCAGGCGGCCUUUGUUACUUGGAUCUAUGUUUGGAGCGACGAUUAUUUUGGCUUUGUUGGCUGCUGCAAUGAGGUUUAUUGACGCAGUGUCAUGGAUGCCGUACGCUGCGAUGAUAGCCGUACUUUCGUACGUGCUCGUGUACGGAUUCGGUCUUGGGCCCAUACCCUAUUUUAUUGCUUCAGAGAUAUUCGAAAUAGCCCCCCGCGGUGCUGGUAUGGCAUGGGGGUCGUUGGCCAAUUGGGGGGGCAAUUUCCUGGUGGGGCAGUUUUUCCAAACCAUGCGGGAUUAUAUCGGUGCCUAUUCCUUCCUGGUGUUCUCAGCGUUGACGGCUGCUUUAACUGUCUUCCAUAAAUUGUACUUCCCAGAAACCCGAGGGAAAACUCCGACUCAAGUGACAGAACUCUGCAGUAACGGACUCCGCUCGCGACCUCUAGCGGUAACCAAUCGGAACGUCUGA